CCUCUCUGCGAGUGAACUCGUGCGCUCGGCGGCUGAUAGCACAGGCACCUCUGGCUGAAACAUUAUAGGCGCAUUGUAGUGGAUGGAGAACGUGGUGUGGAGCUGAAUGACAGCCACCGCGCUCAACAAAUGGCCUGCUUCGUAGAGGCAGGACUGUCGGAGAGUGUCGCCUCACUCCGGUGCUCUGGCUGACACAUACAUUCACACACACCAACUUUGUCUCUGUUUAAUGGACGCGCUUCGAGGAGUAGCAGCAGCAACAGCAGCGACAGGAGGCUUGUGUUACUUUGGUCUUUAUCUGUAGCAGCUACCAAACAGAAAACAAACAAACCCGCCCCUGUGUGUGAGCCCCCUCCUGGGCGCACGUCCCCCCUCUGGGCUCGCCUGGCUGCCUGCUCCUACUCGCCCUCUGCACGGUCCCAUUCAGACCAGCAUGGUCAUGGCUGACAGUGUCCAGAAACCGUUGAUCCGGGGUCCGGUCCGAGUGGGCUUCUACGACAUCGAGCGCACUUUGGGAAAGGGCAAUUUUGCAGUGGUGAAGCUGGCCCGACACCGCAUUACCAAGACCGAGGUGGCCAUUAAAAUCAUUGAUAAGACCCAACUGGAUGCCGUCAACCUGGAGAAGAUCUACAGGGAAGUUCAGAUCAUGAAGAUGCUGGACCAUCCUCACAUCAUCAAGCUGUAUCAAGUGAUGGAGACGAAGAACAUGCUGUACUUAGUCACGGAAUAUGCCAAGAAUGGGGAGAUUUUUGACUACCUGGCCAAGCACGGCCGCCUCAGUGAGCUGGAGGCCAGGAGGAAGUUCUGGCAGAUCCUGUCGGCAGUGGAGUAUUGUCACAAUCGCAACAUCGUCCACAGGGACCUGAAGGCCGAGAAUCUGCUGCUGGAUGGACACAUGAACAUCAAGAUUGCAGAUUUUGGAUUCGGGAACUUCUUCCAGCCGGGGGAACCUCUGGCCACAUGGUGCGGCAGCCCACCUUAUGCUGCACCAGAGGUGUUUGAGGGACAGCAGUAUGAGGGCCCCCAGCUGGACAUCUGGAGCAUGGGGGUGGUGCUGUACGUGUUGGUGUGUGGUGCGCUGCCCUUCGACGGGCCCACUCUGCCUGUGCUCAGACAGAGAGUCCUGGAAGGAAGGUUUCGUAUCCCCUACUUCAUGACUGAGGACUGUGAGCACCUGAUCCGCAGGAUGCUGGUCCUGGAUCCAUCAAAGCGCUUGACCGUGGCCCAGAUUAAAGAGCACAAGUGGAUGGCUCUGGACAUUCCAGUCCAGAGACCUGUCCUCUACCAACAGCCACUGUCUGCUGAGGGAGGGGCCUGUCUGGGCGAGUACAGCGAGCAGGUCCUUCGCCUGAUGCACAGCCUGGGCAUCGACCAGCACAAAACUAUAGAGUCCCUGCAGAACAAAAGCUACAAUCACUUUGCUGCUAUCUACUACCUGCUGGUGGAGCGUCUGAAGGCCCAUCGCUGCAGCUUUCCUGUCGACCAGAGGCUCGACGCCCGCCAGCGACGGCCAAGCACCAUCGCUGAGCAGACUGUCGUCAAGUCGACGAGCGGUUCCGCCCAGGUGGGUUUGCUCCCACAGGGAGUUCGUCUGCUGCGCUCCCCUGCUGUGCCCCAAACCUCCUCUGAUGCCUUCGCCUUCUCCCAAACUGCUGUUUCCUCCCUGGAGCAGAACUUUAUGGCCGAAGACAUCAGCACGCCCAAAGUGAAUGGCUGCAUGCUGGACCCCCUGCCUCCCACCACUGUCCUCCGCAAGUCCUCCACCUCGUCGCCUAGCAACAUGAUGGAGACUUCGAUUGAUGAGGGCAUCGAGACUGAGGAGCCAGACACAGAGGAUGAUCCAUCUCACUUGCUCUCAGCCUAUCAGACAGCUCGGUUUGGCCAGCGGCGACACACCCUCUCUGAAGUCACCAAUCAGCCAAACCAGGGUAAAUUAUUCACACUUGGCCAAAACCCGUCCAUGGGGAGUGUGGACUCCGACAUUGGCUACGACAUGGGUUCAAUGCACAGUGACAUUGGUUUGCUGGAGGACCCUCCCUCUCACACGGACCUGGUACCGGCCAACACCUCUACCCCUGGCAUCACUCCUACACCUUUCUUAAACACGCGGCCCGCCAACCCGACAAUGGCCGCUCUGACGUCCCAUCACAGGGAGACGCACAACCGCUCCCCCAUCAGCUUCAGAGAAGGACGCCGGGCCUCAGACACCUCCCUCACCCAAGGUCUGGUCGCAUUCCGACAGCAUCUCCAGAACCUGGCAAGGACCAAAGGCAUCAUGGAGCUGAACAAAGUACAGAUGCUGGUGGAGCAGAUGGGCUCCGGGGAAGGGGCAGUCAUGGGCCCACUGGGACCACAGCAUCACUUGCACAACCUCCUGGAGGGCGAGGCUGCCAAGCAGCAGGAGGCUCAUGCUUUAUACCAGGGGGCGCCGCAGCCUCCUCUCCUGUCCCGCAGACAGAGUCUGGAGACGCAGUACCUCACUCACAGACUACAGGCUAACGUCCUGGUCAACAGUCCUGCCAGCUGUCAGCUCUUCUGUAAGGAGACGCCACGGAGUUUAGAGCAGCAGCUGCAGGAACACAGACUGAACCAGAAGAGGAUGUAUCUGCAGCAGUCACAGGGCCUGGGCUUGCAGACCUACUUUAACCAGAUGCAGAUAGCUGAAGGAUCGUACCUCGCUGGCAGCACCCCCCUCGACCAGGCCGCUUCUCAGAGCCCUCCUCAGGCCCCAGUGAUGCCAGCCCCCCUUCAACCUCAGCCCCAGCAGCAGGACGGCCCUCAGGUGCCACCGCCGUUCAGUCACCCCCUUACUUUAAGCACCUUAAUGGAACCUUGUGAGGGUCUGGUUUACGACCCGUACAUGAGCCACCAUCACUACACCCAGCAGUUACCCCCGGGUCCUCACAUCCACCACCAGCUCCAGCACCCCCAAAAUCAUGAACCUUCUCCCAGCGGCCUGGGCUUCAGCUACACCGCAGGUUGCGACCAGCAGACGCUCGACCCUUCCACCAUGGCUCCUCACCCAGAGCAGUACGAGUUUCCGGUGGACCCCAAUUCACUGGUGCCCUCUGCAGGGGAACCUGAGGCCGCGGCCAGGGCAGGAGGGCUGUUACCCAGUCCUGGGCAGACAGAUGGCCUGAACCUGCCAGAGCUGCAGAGCUCCCUGCUGGAUAGUGAGAUGAUGGAGACGGUGGACUCCCAGCAUGGCUUUGUAUUGGUUAAUUAAGCUGGGGGUCGGAGGUCGUGAUAAGAAGCGGUAUUAAGCAAUGUGAACCUACUGAGCAUUUAAAGCUGAGAGAACGGAGAUUUAAGGGGGUGGAGGCUUAGCAACAGGGAUGGAGAAGGGUAAACAUUUGUAUAUUGAAUACAAAUAAAAUUGUAGUUGUGAUGAAUUCAAACAACAUUUCUACCAUAACCCUCCCUCAGCCUACCUCCCUUUCUCCUUCUCCUGUUCUGGCUCUCGUCAGCUGUGUGACGCAGGAGCAGGUCCGAAAUGUGGCACGGCACGAGGAAGUUUGUUCGCUCGUCCUUCUUGGUAACGCCAUCUCUGCCGUCGCUGCUGCUGUUGUCACGGACGUGACGCCACCUCUAAGGACUGAGCCUUUCGGUUCGUAGAGGGCACUGCUGCACCUCUGGAAAGCUGCGGUUGUGCAGCUUUUCACCAACGAACAUUUUCAACAUGAAUUGAAUCAAAGGUUGACUCUCUGGCAACCGUAAGCACACUGUCUGACAGUGUUUGUUUUUUGUCUUUUUGGUAUUCCUGGUGGAACACCGCGUACACACAGUGAACAGACUCUGGUGUUGUUUCUUUAAUGAGAUUUCAAACUGAAAAAACAAACACGAGCCCUCAUUUAUCACGGUGCCAUGUAGGUCACUACUCACCAAGCUUUUGAAAGUGGACUCUCAACAGCCGACAAUAUGAACAUGUUUCAACACUAAUAACACAGUAUUCCUCAACGAAACAUGACCCUGCAGAGGGGGGCGACAGGUCAGCACUCACAUUGUAACAGAGAUCAACCUUUGUCCAGUCUUUUCGGACACAGACUCUGAGACACACCGUGCACGUUAGCUAGAUGUUUGUUUUUUUUUCUUGUAACUACUGAUUAUCAUAUUCUAUUAUUUCUUACACUACUGAACGGCUCCAUCUUCCCAUCCUCAGCUUUAACUGCACUCUGAGGGAUAAACUACCCGGUUCUAAGCGGUUCCAACGUUGAAUUGCAUCAUGGCACCCGCCUGAUAAAUGAGGGCUGAUGUUAUUAUUAUUAUAAUUAACACUUGUUGGGUUUAGAAGUUGCCGUGUUUGACAGUCAAUAUUCUACUUUUUGUGGCAAUACUGAAGCAAUAUGAAUCCUUACUGUGGGAGGAUCAUGAAUGAGAGCCUCACCUGUGCAGACAGAUUUGUUAUUUUCAUCAGCUGCGACAUCACUGGAGCUGAUGACAUCACCAGGAGAUAAUCUCCUCAUGUUUCCUGGAAGUGCAGGGAGAUGCCUGAAGACUGUGUGAAUGUGUGCGUGUGUGUGUGUGUGUGUGAUUGUACAGUGUGUAUGAAUGUUACAGAGUGAUAAAGAUUGUUUUUGCACACAUUUUCUCUUCAUCCGUCACUUUUUUUUGUCAUCAUUACUGAAACGCUGUAUCAAUGCCUCCAAACACAAAUGGCGAGGGCUGGACUAUUUGUUUCACCCGCAGAGUUUAACUGGAGCUUCUGGAUUAAAUUCUCUGUUCCAGUCAGGCUUCUGUAUCCUUUUAAAUUACAGAUUAUGUUUUAAUUCCAACGAAACAAACCCACCGAGACUUGGAUUUUUAAGAAUGUUUCUCUCUGAUGUUCAGAGGCUGCUGUCACACGUGACUGACAUCAUCAGUCACGUGACAGCAGACUCUAGUAAGCAACAACAGGAGUAUUUGUGGCACUUUGAGUAAAUUCUUACUUUAUUGGAAAGGCAGAGUAGUGAACAUAAAGUACAAGUGAGUUUUGAGGAAGUCUCGUCAACAGCAGCAAAUGAUGGUUAGGAAAAAAAAAUGGACCAAGUGUGAACUGUUGAAGUUCUGUUCAAGACUGUGAGGAGAAAUCCACUCUAACAUGCUCUCAACAUGAAAUUAAUUGCUCAAUCACAUUUCUGAAGUAUUUUUAAAGCAUGUGAUAAUUUCACAGGGCCCCAAAUAAGUUGUUUUGUUUUUUUAGUUUUAUCCAGGAUACAGGUUGAAUUAUUUUCACAUAAUCUUUCAAAUAAUAAUUUCCAUUUUUGUAUAAUUGGCAGUAAGAUAAUCCUGGUUUUUACACUGCAAAAGGGAAUUGUGAUGAUGCUAAAAUAUCCCCAAAAAAAUACAUGUAAUGAAAUAUAAUGAUCUGCUAGUUUUAAUUGUAAUUUACCUUUUUAGUGUGAAUAAUGGGCCUGUUUAGUUGAAAACACCAGUAAUUUACUUGCAGAAAUUGAAAAAAAGCUUUUGUUAAGAGUAGACUUACCUGAAAUAAUAGUUUUAAAUUCCUUAUCAACUUACACCAGGAGCAGAUUCUGUCACAUUUCAUCCUCAUGUUUUUUCCCCUAGGCUUUCAGGAGAAUAACUUAAUAAAUAUGUUCCAUUCCAAUAAUAACUGAAGCCUGUUGUUGCUAUUCCGUUUGACACGACAGGAUGAGAUUUGUGAAGUUCCUCCACCACAGGCUGGUAAAUCCUUUAAAAUGAAAACAACUAGAAUGUGGAUUAUCACAAGGUUCAGACAGAACUCUCUGACGUCAGAGGAAAAGCUCUGUAACCUCUGAUAUUUAUUAGUCACAGAUACUAAUAACUACUGUGAGCUGAGCCUCUUACAUAACAGACCCUGUGACUGUUUUUUUAUUUUUACCCAGAAACUUACAAACUGGGCUGAGUUUGUAUCCUGCUGUUUAAUACAUAUUAGUGAGAGGGAAAUGGUCACGGACCGUUUUUGGUCCAAUUAGUAAAUAAUGAUUUAGGCAGAGAGGUGGAAAUGUGUAAAGACCUCGACCGUGUUGAGAGGAUUAAAGAGUGGAUGUCGCCUUUAAAGUCAGUAUUUAUGCCGAUAGUUUUCUUUAAUGUUGUCACUGAAGAGGCAGCAGCAGCUGCCGGGUGACGGCUGGAAGCUGAAAUACUGGAGCACUUUGAUGAAGGAGGGGAAGAGGAGAUGUAGUGGGAGAAGAGGAGGAGGAGGAGGAGGAGGAGGAAGAAAAAAAGUUUUGUUGCUCUGUUGUUUCCUGGCAGAAGAAAUCAACCACAGUCUGUAGGAAACACUUUUCUCACCCCCCUCUCCUUCUUCUUCCCCUCUCUCCCUUUCCCACCAGUAAUGGACACAAAAGAAAUCUUUCAAAUAAAGACCAGACACAGAAACACUUCAUCUGAUUUGUUGAUUUCAGUCUAAGGUGUGUGUCUCUGAUGAGAGUGUUCUUUGUACAGACUCUUGACGUGGUUCAUCUCCAGUGUUCGGUCACGCACCACUGGAUUGAAUUGUUCUUUUUUGUUGUUGUUGUUGUUUUGUUUUGUUUUUUCAAUCUGCGUGUUCUGCCUUUUCCUUUCUGUAUUUUUAGAUUUGAAUGGCACCGCGACUCGUGUUUGGACUUUUCUGCAUUUGUUCUGUUCUCCUGAAGUAAGUCCAAACUGUUUUUCACUAAGGUACAAAAACCAAAGUCACUCUGAAGUUUUCCAUGUUUUUCGACUCAACCAUGUGAAGUUUUGAAGCUUCUCUCCCAGCUUCUACUUCUACUGUGCUCUUUCCUCCUGGCUCAGUCGUUGUAUGCCAUUGAAAAGUAUUAUAGCAAUAUUAUCUGUAGUUGAAGACCUACAGGUCAUGAAGAAUUUAGCAGACGUGUGUCUGAGUAGAAUAAACUUCGCCUCCUGCUGAUGAAACAAACAUCUAUGAAAACAAUGGAAAAUACAGUUUUAUAUUGACCUUCAUUGAUGUGACCACACAUAAGCUAACUUACUGUUGAGAUUAAAAAGGUUUAUUGAACAGAACAUCA